AUGGCCUUGUUCAUAAAUUUGUUGGGUGUUACAAACAAGCUGUUCGUGAAAAAAAGUGGGGCAUCAGAGAAAGAUAUCUUAGUCAAUGUACAUGCUUUUUUUGAACAAGAUGAAUGUGCACCAUUCAAUCUUGAGUAUGCAUGGCGGAUUUUAAAAGAUGAACCUAAAUGGAUGGGAGCAUCCACCGGAAAUUCUUCAAAGAGAACAAAGAAUUCUGUUAGCGGUGCAUACACGACAUCGCCAAACUCAGAGACACCUUCAAGUUAUGAGUUUAACUCAUCAUCUCCAAGGGAGCGUCCAUUGGGACAAAAGGAGGCAAAACGAAAAGGUAAGGCAAAGGAAAAUUCAAAUGCAACUGAACCUCCUUCUAGUGUUCGAAUUGGUGAAAGUACUGCAAUUGAGUUCUUAGAGAGAUUCGUAAGGGGCGUGAAUGAGGUAUUUGGGGCCGAGUAUUUAAGAAGGCCUAAUAACAAUGAUGUUGAGCAUCUUUUACAAAUGGGGGAGUCACGUGGAUUUCCAAGCAUGCUAGGUUCCAUUGAUUGUUCAAACAAUGACAUUAAUGUGCUAAACCAAUCCAAUGUGCUUAACGAUAUUUUGGAAGAACGUGCUGCUACUGUGCAAUAUACAAUCAAUGGGACUCUACAUAAUAUGGGGUAUUAUUUAGCGGAUGCGCGUGCUUGGCACAUAGAAACCCUCAAGCAUACCAUAUAUGCUUGCAUCAUAUUGCACAACAUGAUUGUCGAAGACGAACGACACACAUAUGGAGGUGAUUUUGAUUACUCUUAUGAUAAUGCAUGUAACAACAACUCAACGACCGAAACAUUUAACGGUCCUCAUCCGAAUCUUGCAACAAGAAUACAAAGAAGAGCAAGUCUUCGUGAAAAACAAGUUCAUCGCCAACUUCAAGGAGAUUUAGUCGAACAUAAUUGGGAACGUUUUGGACACGAGGAUGAAGAAAUUUAA